UCUUCCACACUGAUCCCCGGGACAUAUAUAUUAGAUAUAUGCAUAUAUAUACACAUAUACACACUUGCUUCUCUCUAUAUAUGAGAGCUAGAGAAACUCCAAGGCAAGGAAAAAGGGGUGUGUGCUAGGAAACCUUAAGACCAUGACUUCUAGUAAAAUUGAGAUGCCUGGAGAGGUGAAGGCAGACCCCACCGCCCUGAUGGCAUCUCUGCACCUUUUACCUUCGCCCACACUCAACCUUGAGAUCAAAUAUACCAAGAUUUUCAUCAACAAUGAAUGGCAGAACUCAGAAAGUGGCCGUGUAUUUCCAGUCUACAAUCCAGCCACUGGGGAGCAGUUGUGUGAAGUUCAAGAAGCAGAUAAGGCUGACAUAGACAAAGCCGUGAGAGCUGCUCGCCUGGCUUUUUCUCUGGGCUCCGUGUGGAGACGAAUGGAUGCUUCGGAGCGGGGGCGUCUCCUGGACAAGUUAGCCGACUUGGUGGAAAGAGACAGGGCAGUUCUUUCAACCAUGGAAUCAUUAAAUGGUGGCAAACCAUUUCUUCAAGCUUUUUAUGUGGAUUUGCAGGGUGUCAUCAAAACCCUUCGAUAUUAUGCAGGCUGGGCAGAUAAGAUUCAUGGGAUGACCAUUCCUGUAGAUGGAGAUUAUUUCACAUUUACAAGACAUGAACCCAUUGGAGUAUGUGGACAGAUCAUCCCGCUGUCCCUGACAGACCAAGUACUGCUCACCAUCCUGCUCUGGCUCGAGGGAGAAUGUGGUUUGCGAGAGUACUCAGAAGUCAAGACAGUGACAAUAAAGAUUCCCCAAAAGAACUCCUAAGAAGGGCAAGGAAGAAAGGGGGCCGACCAGCCUGUGUCAGGCCCCCUCAAUGUUCUCUGUGGGGCCCAGCACUCAGGAAUACAAAGUGUUACACAGUCUUUAUUUAAGAAUUUAAAUGAUAACCUAUAUGCCAGGCAAUUCAAUGCAUAUGUAAAGCAAACCAACUGUGUCAGGUUGACUGGCACUCUGUGAGAAACCACUUUAGUAUUACCAAAUAAUGAGGGAAAAUAGAACAAGGGUUAAGACUUGUGGCCAUCAAACACAUUCAGCUUCCCUUCCUAGAACCUGGGGUCAAGUUGGGGAACUGUUUCAUUUGAUGUCCAAAGGGCUUUCUUCUUGAGGAAUGGUGACCUUUUUCAUUUCCUUCAUUCUUUUUCUUCUCUUCUCUCCCCCCUCUACCCCCUACUACCUUCCCCUCCCCCAAGAAGAGCUCCUUAGCUAAGCUCAUUUGGGGCAGAUGUUUGGGCCGGGAACAAUUUUCCAAGGUUUUGCAGCCAAAUUACCGUUUCAUGUUAUCCAUUUCUUCAAAGUGAAACAUGAAAUGGUUUUAGUUAGAGCCAGACCAGACUAGAAAUGCCAAGAGCUGGUAUACUGCAGAUGUAUUAAGAAGCCAGAAAUCAUGAUAUUCCUGACUUUCCCUGGUUUUCUUUCUAACCAUCAUGCAAUAGGAGAUAGACAUCAGGGAGAUGCCAAUCGGGCAGGCAGCAUGGAUAGUUCACAAGCUUCUGAGCUUCUGGUGUUUUUUUUUUCUUCUGUUGUUGAAUUUGUUUGCUUAGAUGGCUAAGAUGUUUUAAGAAAAACAUCCUUUUUUUUUUUUAAAGCCAGACCAAAAAUAAUAAUAACGUGCAGGUUUAGGGGUACAAGAAAAGAUGAUAUCAGAUACUUAGCAGAAAUAAUUGAGUUCCUUUUUUUGUGUCAAUGGUUUUUAAAAAUUAAUGAUCUAUAAUUUUGGAGUCUAUGGGCUCCUCAGCUCCUGUGCCCACCAACCUGUUGCCCUCAAGUGAAACAAGUGUGACUUUGGUCCAUUGAAACCUGCCAUGAUCCGGAUUCACUGGAAACAGACAAACCUGGCAAGUUGUAUGGCCAAGCCCUAAAGUUUCCCUUCUAAACAUUCCAGCAUGCCACCUUCAGCAGCUUAUUGUUGCCAACAUCACUCCCAUUGGGUUUGUGCCCUGGCAUUUUCUACUUGACCUUGCCUUCCAGUAAGGUUUGGGUCUGCAAUGUGGGAAGCAUUAAAAAGGCCCUGCUCCUGUCCCCUCUGAAAUACCCAUUCCCCUCCUACUUCCCAGUGUAACAAACAGCAGGUUCUACGUGGACAGUGUUAGCUGCCUUUCCCCCCUUUUUCUCCCCUUUUUCAUUACCAGCUGCAACAUCCAUUCCCAUCUCUCAUCUUGAUGAAGAACAACAUUUAUUUAAAAGUGCCAAGCCUAGCCUAGAGUAUGUGGAAUAAUGGGCAGUAUAUGUAUAUAUACAUACAUAUAUAUAUGUAUAUAUAUAUGUAUGUAUAUAUGUAUAUAUAUAUGUAUAUAUAUAUAUGUACACACACACACACACACACAUAGCCUUCUAUAUAACAGUUUUCUGCUUCCAAACCAUACCAGUCUUCUAUUUAUAAUUAUCGUCUCUUCGUGGAUAUUUUCGAGCCAUCUGUAUUUGCUGUUCUUUGCAGAUUACAGUGCAUUUACAAACCCUGGUCCCAAGACAAAACACCCUAUUUCUGAGUUCUUCAAUUGAAUGUCAUGCUCUCCUACUACUGUAGUGUAUGUCUGAGCAAAAACAUCCACUAACCAACUUGUUGUCUUUGAACUGAGAUAGAGAAUGUGAAAAGGGAGAUUUAUUUCUUUUAAUUUACUUAAAAAGAAAACUUCUGUGCUAGCAAUAAAGCAUUUAUAUUGUGUA